AAGACUACUAACACCAAAACAUUUAACACUUUUGAAUUUGCUGUGUAGGAGGCAGGGGGUAGCACUGGUGGCUGCCAAUAUUUAUUUAUUUUUUGUUAAGAUCAAAAGUGCUUCAAAAGCUUCUUCUCUUUUGCAGGAAACAUACUGAAUCUCGGUUGGUCCUACACUGCUCCAGCCACCAUAACUGGGUUAAAAGGGUCAUGUCUCACCAUUCCAUGCAAAUUCUCCUACAAAAACUCUCAGCCUAAAGACCUUGAAGUUAUAUGGUACUUGUAUCAGAGGAACGAAUACCCAGCUGUAUACAACCAAGAAGGGACAGUUAUUAGAAAGUUUAAUGGUCGAACAAGCUUGACUGGAUCAGUAACUGAGAAGAACUGUAGUCUUAAGAUUGAAAGGCUGGAGAUGUCAGACAACCAUAACCAACUUUAUCCAUGGAUAGAUAAGAAUGGAAUUACUUCCUACCACACCAAAGGUCACUCAUUUUAUGAUGGAUCUACUGAACUUAUUGUUUCAGAACAUGCACCAGAACCACAGUUGAGCAUUAUUGGUAUCCUCAGAGUGGGAGAGCAGGGCAUUGUGUCCUGCAGUGUGCAGCAUACAUGUUUCUCUGCUCCCCCAACCUUAACCCUAAAGGGUUUACCUGGAAUUGAUCAGAACAUGGACAGUCUGGUAUCUGAAGGGAUUUGGGAAAGGAAAAUAAUUCAAACUUGGACAGUAGAAGAAGAGCACCAGAAUGUAAGUUGUGCUGUUAACUACCCUGCGGGUCAGAGUGCCGAAAGGUCGAUUCCACUGAAUGCUGAAUGCUCCAUUUCGCCAUUGAAUAUAAGCUCUACAUCAGAUGAAUUUCUUGAAGGGUAUGAUAGCAAAGUAACAUGCACUGCCUUAUACACAUGUCACAAGAAUACACCAACUCUCACAUGGAACUAUGGCAGUGUGGCAGCAUCCACUAAUACAGAAAAGGUACCGGGGGAGACUCAGUGGAAGACUAUCUCCAUACUGUCAUUUAAAUCUUCACCCAGCGACAACGGGAGAUCUGUUACCUGUUUUGCAAAAUUCAAGGGGGGGCAAACACAAGAAGUGAGCAUCAGGCUGCGGGUAAAGAGAAACAUACUCAAUCGGGGUUGGUCUUUCACUGCUCCAAGCACCAUAACUGGGUUGAAGGGAUCAUGUCUCAUCAUUCCAUGUAAAUUCUCCUACAAAAACUCACAGCCUAAUGACCUUCAAGUGAUGUGGUACUUGUACCAAAUCAAUGGAUUUCCAGCUGUAUUUAAGCAAGGAGGGAAUGUUAUUAGUAAGUUUGAUGGUCGAACUAGUUUAAUUGGAUCAGUGGUGGAGCAGAACUGUAGUCUUAAGAUUGAAAGGCUGGAGAUGUCCCACAACCAUGACCGACUUUAUCCAUGGAUAGAUAAGAACGCAAUUACUUCCUACCACACCGUAGGUCACUCAUUUUAUGAUGGAUCUACUGAACUUAUUGUUUCAGAACAUGUACCAGAGCCAGAGCUAAAUAUUAUUGGUACUCCCAGAGUGGGAGAGCAGGGCACUGUGUCCUGCAGUGUGCGCCACGCAUGUAUUUUUGCUCCCCCAACCGUAACCCUAAAUGGUAUACCUGGAAAAGACCGGAUCACGGACACACUGGUAUCUGAUGGGAUUUGGGAAAGGAGAGUAGAACAAGUUUGGGAAGUAAAGGAAGCACACCAGAGUGUGGCUUGUACUGUUAGCUACUCUGGGGGUCAGAAAGCCACCAAGGAAAUUCCACUCAAUGUUGAAUGUCCAUUUCAGGAAAUCACUAUGAAUGAACCACCAGGGGAGUUAACAGAGGGCAUGGCGAAGAAUGUCACUUGUUCUGUGAUCUUUAAGUGCAGGAAAAACACACCAAGUAUCAUCUGGAACUACAACAACAUGCAAAGUUCAUUAAACACCAAACAGACUCCCAACAAUACAUACACUAUAGUGUCAAAUCUAACUUUUAUUCCCUCCCUAAGUGAUGAUGGUAAACUUUUGACUUGCACUGCUCAGUUUAUUAGUGGGGAGUUCUCAACAUCUGCAACUCUUACUGUAAAACAAUAUGAGAGAGAUCCAUUUGAAAAUUACACAACCUCUGCUUUGCCUGCCGACGUCCCUUUAAGAUUUAGUGCCUUGACGCGCUCCUGUGUGGUGAUUCCCUGCAGUUUCCAGUACAAAGAGGAUGAACCGAUGACCCGUGGCAUCUGGUCCAAAAAAAGCGGAGACAUUGUAUUCCAUAAUGGCCAAAGCUAUGUAAUUGACCAUUUUAAGGGCCGAACCAAAAUGCUAGGAAAUCUAAAUGAGGGAAACUGCUCACUGGAGAUUGAUGACAUCAAGCCCUUUGACAACGGACCCUUCUGUUUCUAUGCAGAGAAAGGACAUGAGACACAUACAUUCAACAACAGCUGUGUAUUUAUUAUCAUGAAAGCUUCUCCAGAAAAACCAUUGAUGACCCCCGUUCCAAAAGAAGUUGAUGCUGGUUCAACUAUAACUGUUUCGUGUUCUGUUACACACACAUGUUCAUCACAUCCUCCGGUGUUCUCAUGGAGUGUCUCUCACCUCACCAGUGAGGUCUCAGAGAUCAUGAUGUCACGAGGCACCUGGCAGACAACUUCCACAAUCACUUUUAUUGUUACUGAAGGAGAUGGAGUCAGAAACCUCACCUGUAACGCUAUAUUUUGGCGUAACAGGGAACAAGCCCACACAGUCAGCUUAAAUGUGAAGGGAUCACUGAUGUACCAGUUUACAAGUGCUGCUCCAGUGGCCUUUCCAGUCUCAUUUGUGGCUCUCAUCAUAAUCACCUUAGCUGCAGUGUUUGCAGUGUUCAUCUGGAGGAAAAGGAAACACACAGAUGAAUCACUGAAACCACCACCUCGACCAGAAAAAAGAAGAUCACUUUGGGAUAGAUUAUCCAGGAGAUACACAGAUGACAGAGACAGACCACCAAGGCCAGAAAAAAGGAGGUCCAUUUGGAGUCGAUUUUCACGAAAAGAAGAGGAUCGCAUGGCAUGGCAACAUGAGAGGAAGCCCAGGCAGUCAUUUUGGAGCCGAUUUUCAAGACGCCAAGACUGCACUGCGAACAUCAGUGUUGCCUAUACUAAAAACAGCAGCAAUGUAACCUGUGGAGCUGUGUCCAAACCACGCUGUCCAUCCCCAAAGGAUAACAGGAGACGACCAUCCCCUUUCAACCCUGAGAAUCAACUGUACGGCAACCUUUGACUUCUUCAAAGACAUCCCACAGACAUCUUAAUCUUUCAGGCUCAUGUCUCCCAAGUCUCCUGUUUCAAAGGUUAUCAUCUAGCUGAACAGCCAUUAUCAACUGCAAAGACGCCUGUGGUGGCUUCUGUUAUGAAUACAUGCUAAUGCAAACUGUUGAUGUCGAUGCAUGAUAUGUGGGGGAAAGUUCUUAAUGAUACUGCAAGAUCUAAUGUUUUUAUAGUUUAACUUUCACUUGGCUUUCUUUAAAUUUCAUUUAACUCGGUCACUUACAAAAUGAUCUAGUAACUUGCUUUGCUUAAUCUUCUCACAUGAUAAACAGCAAUAAACAUGUUUUUUCUGA